GUGAUCACAGCGAACGAAAAUAACAAGUCAGUUGUUUAUCGCAUGCGCAAAAUUCCCAUUGAUUCCUCGUGCGAGUUUGCCAUCAGUUCUCGUGCACUGGGGUUUGCAUAGACUGUAUUGGAGCACGCGACAUGUGCUCUGUCGCCAUGUCUGCUCACUGUGCCCCCUUUAAGCGCGUGCUAAAGUGUAUUAAGUCUGAGCUGAAACUGUGCGUGCUGUUUGCACGGGUUCUCUGUACAGCCGGUUCCUCCUGUGGCAGAAAGACACGCAGAAUAAACACGCAGUUAGAGAGAGUUCUGGAGCCACGGCGGUUCCUUCAACACUCAUCCCAGGGCCAUGCUAAUAAUCAAACACUGGAUGCAAUGGAACGCGUAAAGAGGCUCUCUAUCGAGGGCAACAUAGCGGUGGGGAAGUCCACGUUUGCAAGGUUGCUGAGCAAUGCAGGGCGAAACUGGGAAGUCACACCUGAACCUGUUAGCAAAUGGCAAAACGUCGAAGAGGCGACUUCACAAAUAAGACAGCCAGCGUCGUCUCCCCAGCAGACAGCCGGCAACUUGUUGCAAAUGAUGUAUCAAGACCCCAAACGCUGGUCCUACACCUUUCAGACAUUUUCCUGUAUGAGCCGUAUGCGCACGCAGCUGCAGCCGCCUGCCACACGGUUACUGCAAGCAGGAGACGUUGCUGUACAGGUGUAUGAACGUUCCAUCUACAGUGACAGGUAUAUUUUUGCUCAGAAUAUGUUUGAGCUAGGCAGUAUAAACUCCACAGAGUGGGCUGUAUAUCAGGACUGGCAUUCCUUUCUUGUUGAGCAGUUUGGUCCUAAGGUACAACUGGAGGGAAUCAUAUACCUUAGAGCGUCUCCACAGACCUGCAUGGAGCGAAUGAGUGGCCGAGGUAGAGAAGAGGAGCAGGGAAUACAGCUGGAAUACCUUGAGGCAUUACACAAGCAGCAUGACAAUUGGCUCAUAAACAAAUCUACAAAGGUUCACUUUGAUCACCUGAAAAAUAUUCCGGUUCUGGUGCUGGAUGGUAGUCUGGAGUUUGAGAGUGAUUCUGAGAUGCAGACCAAGUUUAUAACAGAGGUCACUAACUUCUUAAAGGAAUUAUGAAUAUCAAAGGAAAGGACCAAACACAAAUCUUGGACUUCUGGACCAUCUAUUUGUUUUUUCCAAGCUUGAUACAGUUUUUCAAAAUAAAUGUUUGUUUAUUUUAUUUUCCAUUGCUUGACAUUCUGCCAAAACUGGAGUAUUACCAAAGCUACUACCUUCCAAGAAACACUUAAGAUUCCUCUAUGAGUAUAUAUGAGAGUCAGACUACAGUGUACACAUCUUUUAUACAUUUGUUAGAAAGUUCUCAAGACUUGAAAGCAUGUUUUGUUCCAUGGACAACGUAGAAAUUAUAUACAUACAUAGUGUAUACAGUGAAUAUGAAACAGUCACAUUCAAACUCAUGUUAAAAAGUGAUCGUCAUAAACUUGUCAUGGAUGAAGUGAUUCCGAUUAACCCCAAAUAAAGACCAGCUGUUUCUGUAGGAUUUUCAUGACAUCUUGGUUUCAGUCGACUGCCAAAACCAUGGACCACAAAGACCUUACGAAACAUGUAUAGGAUCUUAUUGGUCUUAUUUACCUUAUUGUCAAAAGGUAUCGAGCAGUAGAGGGGUACAAAGGAAUUUCCAUCUCUAGAGUUUAGACUGUUUGUGUGUGAAUCCCAAUCUCAGCAGUUUCUGAAAUACUCUAACCAGCCCAUCUGGUAGCAACCACCAUGCUAUAUUUGAAGUCAUCGAGAUCACACUUUUUCCUCAUUCUGAUGUUUGAUGUGAUGAUUAACUGAAGCGCUCGACCUGUUUCUGCGUGAUUUUACGCAUUGUGCUGCUGCCACAUGAUUGUAUGUUUGGACUUCAUAAAUGAGCAGAUGUACAGGUGUUCCUAUUAAAGUGUGUGGUUUGGGAUAGAAUAAUAACUGUCUCAUAGCUAUUUAUUUUUUGUGAUUGCAUUCAGAAUUUUGUGCACAUUUUCCUAAAGUCUAUAAUUGUCAUAAAGCUAAUCAGGGAAACGCCAUCAGGUACUAAGCAAAAUGACCAAUCAGCAGCCCUGGAAGUAAACACAGAGCUGUGUUAAGCCUGGAGAUUUUCUCUACCUAGACACACAUGUGAUCUGUUUUAGGCAGCUUGCUAUGCAGAGUCUUUGAACAUCAAUUUACAUUAUGUUUGGUUUAUAUUUACUUUUAUUCAUGUCCAAAGGUUUUCCUUAUAUGUUAAGAUACGGAAGCAUGUCAUGGUUCACAUCCUGCUGUGUGCUUCUGUUCAGUGUCGGCGUGUUCUGUAUAUAAUGCAGGUUACUGGAAGGAGUUGUGGUGCUCUUUCAGAAAGUUUUACAUCGUGGAUAAAUUUCCUUCACUUGUUCUGUCUCACUGAUUUCAUGUGGCACCUGUAUUAAAAUACAAAAACUAACCUUCGUAAUAAAAUUUACAUUCAAUUAAACCUGGAAUUCA